CUCCUCCAUCCUCAUGUUCGCCAUUAUCUCUUACAUCGACCUCAUAAUAGUCGAAUUGUAAGACUGCGUAUCGAAACUUUUCUGCCACCCCCUUACUCGACCAAAACACAACAAAAUGCGUGAGUGUAUCUCCAUCCACGUUGGACAGGCUGGUGUCCAGAUUGGAAAUGCCUGCUGGGAGCUUUACUGCCUGGAACAUGGGAUCCAGCCGGACGGACAGAUGCCCAGUGACAAGACCAUUGGAGGAGGGGACGAUUCCUUCAACACCUUCUUCAGUGAGACUGGAGCUGGAAAGCACGUCCCCAGAGCAGUUUUUGUGGACUUGGAGCCCACUGUCAUCGAUGAGGUGCGCACUGGGACCUACCGCCAGCUGUUCCACCCUGAGCAGCUGAUCACUGGUAAGGAGGAUGCUGCCAACAACUACGCCCGUGGACACUACACCAUCGGCAAGGAGAUCAUUGACCUGGUGCUGGACAGGAUCCGCAAACUGGCCGACCAGUGCACUGGCCUUCAGGGCUUCCUGGUUUUCCACAGCUUUGGAGGUGGCACCGGCUCUGGUUUCACCUCCCUGCUGAUGGAGCGUCUGUCUGUCGACUACGGCAAGAAGUCCAAGCUGGAGUUCUCCAUCUACCCAGCUCCCCAGGUGUCCACCGCUGUGGUGGAGCCCUACAACUCCAUCCUGACCACCCACACCACCCUAGAGCACUCUGACUGUGCAUUCAUGGUGGAUAACGAGGCCAUCUACGAUAUUUGCCGUAGGAAACACGCUAUUGACCGUCCUACCUACACCAACCUGAACAGGUUGAUCAGUCAGAUUGUGUCCUCCAUCACCGCUUCCCUUCGUUUCGAUGGCGCCCUCAACGUUGAUCUGACAGAGUUCCAGACCAACUUGGUGCCAUAUCCUCGUAUCCACUUCCCUUUGGCCACCUACGCCCCUGUCAUCUCUGCUGAGAAGGCUUACCAUGAGCAGCUCUCAGUGGCUGAGAUCACCAACGCCUGCUUUGAGCCAGCCAAUCAGAUGGUGAAAUGUGACCCCCGUCAUGGCAAGUACAUGGCUUGCUGCCUGUUGUAUCGUGGUGAUGUGGUGCCUAAAGAUGUGAAUGCUGCCAUCGCCACCAUCAAAACCAAGCGCACCAUCCAGUUUGUGGACUGGUGCCCCACUGGUUUCAAGGUUGGCAUCAACUACCAGCCACCCACUGUAGUUCCAGGUGGGGACCUGGCCAAGGUCCAGAGGGCUGUGUGCAUGCUGAGCAACACCACUGCUAUUGCAGAGGCCUGGGCUCGGCUUGACCACAAGUUCGAUCUCAUGUACGCCAAGCGUGCCUUUGUUCACUGGUAUGUGGGUGAGGGUAUGGAGGAGGGCGAGUUCUCCGAGGCCAGGGAAGACAUGGCUGCGUUAGAGAAGGAUUAUGAAGAGGUCGGAGUCGACUCCAUUGAGGGAGAGGGGGAGGAGGAGGGAGAGGAGUAUUAAAAAGGUUAGGCACUAAACCGGACACAAUAAAUUGUCAUGUGUUCUUGAAUGCAUUCCUAACAGAAAUGUAUGUCUAUUAAUUACCAGUUUGGCUGAAAUUAUUUGUUCAUAAAUACAUUCCAAAAGACAAAUAUUCUUUUUAAUUUGGAUGUUCAUGACAAAGUUCCAGAAGCUGUGAAGUAUGGGUGUUAAAGUCCUGUGAUAGUGAGACAACAGAGUAGGUAUCACAAGGUUGUACGCGCCUAAGAAGGAGUUUACUCUUGAAGGCGAGGAAGAGAACAAUAAGAGACAUAAAGCACUAGUGAAACAGGAAACAGUUGCUUUCAAUUUGUUCUUAAGAACAUUCCAAAAUGAAUUGUUUGACUGGCGUUUGGCUGUAUUCCAACUAAGAAAUCUGAAGAAAUGUCAGUUUGGCUUUGUUCAAAAUAAAUUUCUUGCAACAUG